AGCAAGCUCCACAUGGAGGGUUUCCGCAGCCUGAAGGAGGGCGAAGCUGUUGAGUUCACCUUCAAGAAGUCAUCCAAAGGUUUGGAGUCCAUCCGGGUGACCGGCCCGGGAGGCGUCUUCUGCAUCGGCAGCGAGAGGAGACCCAAGGGCAAGAGCCUCCAGAAACGCAGAUCAAAAGGAGAUCGAUGCUACAACUGCGGCGGGCUGGACCAACAAGCCAAAGAGUGGAAGCUCCCGCCGCAGCCCAAGAAAUGCCACUUCUGCCAGAGCAUCAGCCACAUGGUCGCCAACUGCCCCGCGAAAGCGCAGCAGUCCCCCAGCUCCCAGGGAAAACCUGCCUACUUCCGAGAGGAGGAAGAUAUGCACAGCUCAGCCCUCCUCCCCGAAACCCGGGAAUGA